AUGGCGAGUUCUACGGAUUGCGUCUCGGGCCGCUGCUCACGGAUCUUUCUCACAUACGAACCUUCCCUCGCUGGAAGUGGCGUUUUCCUAGCCUUAUUUGCCGUUUUGAUUCCCAUCACAUUAGCCUUGGGGAUCAAGUACAAGAGUUCUGUUUUCGCUACGACGGUGGUGACGGGACUCGCCUUAGAAGUGGUGGGCUAUAUCGGUAGACUCCUGUUGCACAAUGCCCCGACCGAUAGGAGUGGCUUUAUUCUAUUCUUGAUCGGAACUAUCAUGGGCCCGACGUUCAUCUGCGGCGGUAUUUUUCUUACAGCGCCGCAAAUCGUUACCGUCUACGGCGAAGAAUUCCGCUCGUGGAGGCCGGUUUGGUAUUCAUUCGUACUCUAUAUGCUUACGGCUGUAUCGCUUGUGCUCGAGUUGGCUGGGGUGCUCGUCUCGACAAUUCAAGAUGACCUAGGAGAAGUUGAUAUAGGCUCCCAUGUCCUCGUUGCCGGGCUAGUCAUUCAACUUAUCACCCUGGUUAUCUUUAUUGGUCAUGCUGUCCUGUUCGCGAUCGCCGUGCAGAUGAGACACCACAUUCUAGAUAUCAAAUUUGCUGGCAUAUACAAUAGCAGAUCUUUCAAGGUCUUCUUGUUUGCAUUUACAUUUGCAAUUCUCUUGCUCGUUCUGCGAACAGCCUAUCGAAUCGUAACGAUCGCCGAGGGAUUUAGCAGUUCGAUCGCGCAGUCAGAGACAUUGAUACUGGUACUCGACGGGUUGAUGGUACUACUCGCCACUUUAAUACUGCUAGCAUUCUUCCCGGGGCGAAUUCUGCGAGACUCAAAAUCCCGGACAUUACCUCGUAGGUCUCCCAGAACGCCACUUCAACCAAUACGAGUAGCCCCUUACGACUUGCCGUCGACCAGAAGCAGCCCGACUUAUAACCAAACAAGUAUCAAGUCUUCUACGCCAGGCCAUUCUCCAAGGAAGUCAGCACCGCCUCCCCCGAGGAACAUGGUGGACAGUGACGCCUUAUGGUAA